UCUUUGCAACUUCUCCACCGUUAACGGCCAGCUCCGCCUCCGGCCUUGUAAACGAUGUUGACACAAUCAAAACUCCUCCGCCGCUAUCGCCGCCGCGGCUAUCAUCUACCCUCCACGCUUUUCUCUCUGCGGCGCAGCCACAGCGACUCGCCCUCACACUCACGAGACGGCGCCGAAUCGAUCGUAACCCAAGUCGUAGAACUUCUCAAACCGCCGAAGAAACAAUGGGACUAUGAUCAACUUCAACCCUUUCUCUUCAACACCUCACCUCUCUCAUCUUACAAUCUCCUUCAAAUCACUCUCCGCUUAGGCUCCAUUCCCAAAGCCCUUGACUUUCUCGAAUACCUAAGGAAGAAAGCACAACCCCAACACCAUCACCAUUCUCUCUCUUCCGUGUUCCAGGGCGCUCUCGAGCUCGCUUCUCGACACCCCAGUUCGCAAACGGAGCUUCUGAUGCUUCACAGUUUACGAAAAUCGAACAACCGUAGCAUCCCUCUCACUGCUAAAUCGGCUUCUCUUCUUAUGCAAUGCUUCGAGAAGGCCCAAAUGUUGGACGAUUCUCUUCUUCUGUUCAACGAGCUCGACCCAUCUUCGAAAAGUACCCGAAUUUGCAACGGGUUGUUAAGGGUGUUGCUGAAAUCGGGUCGUACCGACGAUGCACUCCACGUGCUCGACGAAAUGCUUAAACCGAAUUCCGGGUUUUCUUCGGAUAAUUUCACGGGUGAAAUUGUUUUUGGGUGGUUGGUGAAGAGGGAGCACCCUGGAAGAAGCGAUGCUGAUGUGGAAAUUGUGGGGUUGGUUACCAAGCUAGGUGAACAUGGAGUUUUCCCUGAUACGUUUAAGCUUACCCAAAUGAUAACAAAGCUGUGUGGGAAACGGAAGAACGGUGUUGCGUGGGAACUUUUGCAUGGUGUGGUGAAUUUGGGUGGUGCAGUUGAAGCUGCAUCGUGCAAUGCGCUGUUAACAGGGCUAGGAAGGGAACGAGACAUUGAGAGGAUGAAUAAACUGAUGGCAGAGAUGAAAGAAAUGAAGAUACAACCAAGUGUCGUGACCUUUGGGAUUCUUAUUAAUCAUUUGUGCAAGGCAAGGAGGGUUGAUGAAGCAUUAGAGGUGUUUAAUAAAUUGAGAGGUAAAGGGGAAAAUAAUGAUAUUGGUGUUGAACCUGAUGUGGUCUUGUUUAAUACUUUGAUUGAUGGACUUUGUAAAGUUGGGAGGGAAGAAGAUGGUUUGAUUUUGUUGGAAGAGAUGAAAACAGAGAAUAAAAAUAAGCCAAACUCUGUUACAUAUAAUUGCUUGAUUGAUGGGUUCUUCAAAGCUGGCAACAUUGAUAAAGCAUGUGAGUUAUUUAGUCAGAUGAAUGAGGAAGGACUACAGCCAAGUGUGGUCACCCUCAAUACAUUGGUUGAUGGUAUGUGCAAACAUGGGAGAGUCUUUAGUGCAGUUGAGUUUUUCAACGAGAUGAAAGGGAAGGGCCUGAAAGGAAAUGCUGUUACUUAUACAGCACUAAUAUCUGCCUUCUGUGGUGUGAAUAAUAUUGAUAAAGCCAUGCAAUAUUUUGAUGAGAUGUUCAGUUCUGGAUGCUCUCCAGAUGCCAUUGUUUACUACAGUUUGAUAUCUGGUUUAAGCAUUGCUGGAAGGAUGGAUGAUGCCAGCAUUGUAGUGUCAAAGUUGAAACAAGCUGGGUUCAGUCUUGAUACAGUUUGCUAUAAUGUCCUCAUCAGUGGAUUCUGUAAGAAGAAGAAGCUGGAAAGAGUCUAUGAAAUGCUUAACGAAAUGGAAAAAACUGGAGUUAAACCUGAUACAGUCACCUACAACACUUUGGUUUCCUACCUUGGCAAAGUUGGAGAUUUUGCAACUGCUAGUAAGGUGUUGAAAAAGAUGAUUGAAGAGGGUUUUGAGCCUUCUGUUGUCACAUAUGGGGCACUUAUACAUGCAUAUUGUUUAAAGGAUAAUGUGAAUGAGGCAAUGAAGAUUUUUAGGGAAAUGUGUUCUACAUCUAAGGUUCCUCCCAACACUGUGAUAUACAACACUUUAAUAGAUGCUCUGUGCAAGAAUAACAAUGUAGAAAGGGCUGCUUCUUUGAUGGAUGACAUGAAAGUAAAGGGGAUUCAGCCUAAUACUACUACAUAUAAUGCUAUUCUCAAUGGGGUUCGUGAUAAGAAAAUGUUGCACAAAGCAUUUGAACUUAUGGAUAGAAUGAUUGAGGAUGCUUGCAGACCUGACUAUAUAACCAUGGAGAUUCUUACUGAAUGGCUUUCUGCAGUUGGUGAAAUAGAAAAACUGAAACUUUUCGUCCAGGGGUAUCAGGUUAGCGUAAAUAAGUCACUUUUUUCCGAAUGAUGUAACGAAUGUUUGGUACUCAUAACAUUUAAGAUAUUUUAGUCAUUCAUCUUCAUCUCAAACUUCACUUUG